AUGGACCUUCAUAGAUCGAACAAAGCGCUCGUCAAGAGAGUCGAAACCCUACUCCAGAAGACCUUGAUUGGAUGCGUGUUGGUCAUUUUGCCCACUGGCAGUAACCUUGCGGCUAUCUGCAUUCUGGUUGGGAAAGAACUAGCUUUUAUCUGCCUCACUUUAUGCACCUUUGAUGUCACAUGGGCUGCCAUAGUCUUUCACUGGCUUGCCAUUGUCGGUACUGAUGAGAACGAAGGUGCCACCCCAGCUCCGCAAAGCCGGAAAAGUGGCAGCCAACAACCUGGAAUAUCUUUGCAACCACAAACGGAACCUCUACGAAAGAAGCCGACCUUGCUCACACCAACCGACUUAGAUUUGCUAUCGAUCGACGCAAAGGAUGAUGGCUGCACAAAAACCACAAACAAGUUCGAUUUCGGCCUGAGUCAAACGGCAACACCAUCAUAUUGCGGACCCAGUUCACAAACAGAAUCACAUUGGAGAGAUUCUGGACAUUCUACCCUGGUGUCUGAUGCGAACAUGUCUAACAACGCCGUCAAUCCGCGUUGA